AAAAAAAAAACUUUUUUUUCUUUUUCCUAUUUCUAACAAUGAUUCUUACUUUCAGUUUCAGAAAUAUUUUUUCCUUUUUAAGUACCAUAAUCCUUCACACUUUAUCUCACCCACAAACUGAGUUUUUUGGAUUCACACUCAAACAAGAGAGAAAAGGACAAGUAGCAAUGAGUUCAUGUUCAGGAGACAAGCAAAACAUGCAUGAACAAACUGGUUGCUUUGAUCCCAACACAAUGGAUGAAGGUAUUGAAAAUUCUCUAAAAGAUAAUAACUUUUCUCAAACUCAUCCAAAUCAAGUGGUUGAAAGUAAUAAUCAUAAUCAUUCUGAGGAGGAUUUCUCUUAUCAUAAUCAUAAUCAUAAUACACAGCACCUUGAUAAUAGUUUGGUGCAAGAGGUGUAUCAGAACUCAACUUGGGACACUAAUGUUCAUGAGUUACAAGGUAUGGAUUAUGCAAAUCACCAAGAACAACACCAACUACAUGAACAACAGUUUCAACAAAUUGUUGAGACACAAAACCAUAACCAAACCUACAAUCCGUCGAACAUACUUGACCCUCAUUACCCUUCACCCGAUCUUUUAAACCUUCUCCAUUUACCUAGAUGCUCGGCUUCGUCUUUUCUCGUAAAUCCGCCAUCCAACAUUUGUAUGACAAACCUGAAUCAAAAACCGCCGAAUUUUCAUAACUCAAUGAGUUUUCUUGGAGAUCUUCCGAUUGGUUCGUCGGACAAUACAAGUGGGUCGUCGGUUUUGUAUGAUCCUCUAUUUCCUUUGAACCUUCCUCCACAGCCACCGGCCCUCAGAGAGUUGUUUCAAUCUCUGCCUCGCGGAUAUAGCAUGCCGACUAGCUCGAGGAACGGUUCUCUUUUCGGUGGAGGGGAUGAGAUGGAAGGAGAUGGAGACAUGGGAGUUCUGGAAUUCAAUAGGGUUGCUGCUAAUGUUAGCAAAGGAAGAGGAGGAAAAGCUACAAAACAUUUUGCAACAGAGAAACAAAGAAGAGAGCAAUUGAAUGGAAAGUACAAAAUCUUGAGGGGUCUCAUCCCAAAUCCCACUAAGGUUGAUAGAGCAUCAGUGGUUGGAGAUGCUAUUGAGUAUAUAAGAGAGCUGAUUAGAACAGUGAAUGAGCUGAAACUAUUGGUGGAGAAGAAAAGACAUGGGAGGGAAAUGUGCAAGACACAUAAAGCUGAAGAUGCUGCUGCAGAAAGCUGUAACAUAAAGCCUUUUGGUGAUCCAGAUGGAAGCAUAAGGACUUCAUGGCUGCAGAGGAAAUCCAAAGACAGUGAGGUUGAUGUCCGGAUUGUCGAUGAUGAUGUUACAAUCAAACUGUUUCAGAGGAAGAAAGUUAAUUGUUUACUCUUUGUCUCCAAGGUUCUGGAUGAACUGCAGCUAGAACUUAACCAUGUUGCAGGUGGACAUGUCGGUGAAUAUUGCAGUUUCUUGUUCAACAGCAAGGUAAGUGAAGGUUCAUCCGUUUAUGCAAGUGCUAUAGCCAACAAGGUGAUUGAUGUUCUGGACACCCAAUAUGCUGCUGGUGUUCCAUAUACAAGUAGGCUGUAGUCAAUAUCAGGAACCAGAUGUCUCUAUUAAUUGGUACUGACAUGAAUGAGGCAUUUUGGAAGAAUAAUGAUAGUGGUUAUAGUAAUGAUUUCAUAGGAAACAUCUAGGAGAUGCUAAAAUUUUAGGUUCAAUAGUUUCUUACUUUGUGUUUUUCUUAUUGGUGCUUUGUGUGUGGUUCAUGACAUAUUUUCUUCAACUCUGAUGCAAAAUUAUUGUCAAGGAUUUUUAAUUUGGGAUAUUUAAUCUUAGUUUGAUUUUGAACUAUGUUA